GGAAGUCGUCGGUGUAGCAUGAUGACGGCUCCCCCUGACAGGAGUGACGGUCUGACUUCGUGUGCCUGUAAAGGCAUCCGGAGGUGUCUCCUAUGUGAAAAGAAAAGGAGAGAAGUGUGUAUGACGACUAGUGAACCUCAGCUUGUUCAUCAUUUCCUCUUCGAUCCUGAGACGAGGCUUGCCAUUUGCAAAGAUGCGAAGGCCACAUCCUUCCCCUUUCCUGGUGUCUUCCUGUGGGAGAACUUUAUAUCAGAAGAGGAGGAGAAGACUCUGAUAAGCUUGAUGGACCAGGAUGCAUGGAAUCUGUCCCAGUCUGGUCGAAGGAAACAGGACUUUGGUCCAAAAGUUAACUUCAAGAAAAAGAAAGUGCGUGUGAGCAGCUUUAGUGGACUCCCGGCUUUAAGCCAAGAACUAGUGAUCAGGAUGCAGCAGGAGCCAAAUCUAGCAGGCUUUCAACCAGUGGAGCAGUGCAAUCUGGACUACCAUCCUCAGCGAGGCUCCGCCAUCGAUCCACACCUUGAUGACUCCUGGCUGUGGGGGGAGCGUCUGGUCACCAUCAACAUGUUGUCCAACACGACGCUCACCAUGUCUCUCGACCAGGGUCUGCCUGAGAUGGGACUCGGAGAGGAAGUCCGUGUCGCUGUGCACCUUCCUCGCAGAUCUUUAGUAGUGUUAUACGGUGAGGCUCGGCAUACGUGGAAACACGCCAUUCAUAGGGAGGAUGUUCAGGAGCGCAGAGUUUGUAGCACUUACAGAGAGCUGUCUGCAGAGUUCUUACCUGGAGGGCAGCAGGCAGAGCUGGGAGCUCAGCUGUUGAACAUUGCUUUGAGUUUUCAAGGAGCUCCAAUAUGAUAAUGUGAUGAUGCAAAUGGAGCCACAAUGACUCAGACACAUGUUCUUAAAGUGUGUGUCAGCACAACUGACUGGCCCACAGUGAAUAUGGAAAAUAGAAGACUCCAAAAAAUGUAGCCGCUUUGGCUUUAAAUGAGGGUAUAAGAAGAAGACCAAGCAUCUACACUGCAGAGAGACUUGAAAUGUGGAUUUCAGGCAGUCACUUUUGUCAUGAUGCUGUUUGACUUAGCAUUUUAUUCUGUUUGUACAAACAAAGUAUUACUCAUGGGGCCUGAGAAGGUCAAAGAAAAUGAUUCACAUCUCUUUUUUUGUACCCAGCAAACUAUUCAGUGAGUCCCACAUGGAAUCUGCAUAAAUGUCAGAAUUAUAGUCAUGAACAUGAACAUUAUACUCACGGUAACUUACAUCGCAGAGACAUGUGUUGUUGAUUUUCAUGCCACCGCAAAAAAGUACAGAAAUCGGAUGAAUGUACAAUAGAAGCUGUAAUUAAAUUUUAUAUGAAAUUGUGAAGUGCUAUAAACAGCCAGUAUGGUCGGAAAAAACAAGUGAUUUAAUUAAGGAAAUAAAACCACACAUUUAUGUUUCUA